AUGGAAACGGCGAUUGGCCUAAAUCUCGACCACAAAGAAACAUGUCUUUUUACAAAGAACCUUGGCGACGAAGGUCUACCCGAGCUCACCAAGUUCAUUCAUGAGACUUUGCAUGACGCUGUGAAUCUCGUUGCACUUAGACUCGAGCAAUAUCAAUACGCAACAAUGAGUAACUCACCCACGAGUGAAUUAGCACAAGAAGUUGAGCAAUGCGCACUUACCGGGCCAUCGAAUAAAGCAACAGAAGGAAUAUCUCUUUCGGGGGUUGAGUUGGUAUCUUCCACACCAAAAUCUGAUAUUGCGAAGCCCGUCCACCUACCAUGCUUCGUUCUCAAUACGCAUUCAGCAAAUAAAGAUUUCUGCGGCCGCCAAGAUAUCUUGGAACGUCUCGCGACCGAACUCUUGCCCUCGAAGAACACAGUGACAGCAUCGAGCGGCGCUCUAAAGCAAUUUGCACUUUGUGGACUGGGGGGCAUUGGAAAGACGGAAAUAGCCCGCGAGUUUGUCCGACGUCACAAGGAUUCCUUUGAUGCGGUAUUCUGGGUCGUGGCGGAUGAGAUCGCGAAACUUGACAAUCAUUACCAGCAGAUUUCGUUGGCACUAGGACUCGAAGAUUCAUCUGAGUGCAAGAGUCAGGUUGUCAGUAGGGAAAUUGUAAAAGGAUGGCUUGCCAAUCCUCAAAAGCAUAUAUCAGAGUCGGAUGGUUCUGUUCAGCCGGGCGAAGCUAGCCCAGAAGCAACCUGGCUGCUUAUAUUCGACGACGCGGAUGAUCCAAUGACCUUGACGGACUACUGGCCCCAAGGGAAUGGAUCGAUUCUUAUCACCAGCCGCGACCCAUCGAGUAAGGGCUUGUUCACAAGCAAACCUUCAGGUCUGGAUUUAGGUCCACUUUCACAGAAAGAUAGCCUAUCCCUCUUCAACCAUCUCAUUACUACUUCCAGCGAGCUAGAGGUUGAUACAGCGCGACAAAUUUCCGAUGCACUUGGUGGCAUUCCUUUGGCCAUCUCCCAGAUAGCAGGUAUCAUCCGUGGACAGGACCUCACCCUGUCAGGGUUUCUCGAUCUGUACGCGGAUCACGAAGAAAGUGCCAGUUUCUAUGAGACAAAGUUCAACACAAAUUCGGGCACAUAUGGUCAUUCCCUUUCCACUGUGUGGGCAUUUGGAAAACUCAAGCCUCAACCCCAACGGCUUUUGGAAUUGAUUUCGUUUCUUGAUCCAGAUGGUAUUGGAGAAGAUUUGUUGGAAGCGUCGGUGGAGCUGUUUUCGGAUGGUGCAUCAUUCAAGGAGAGUAAGUAUAUUGAGGCUCGAAACGAUCUCUUGCAGUCGUCGCUAGUCCGCAAAGAUAAUCAGAAACAACAGUUAUCUGUCCACCGCAUCGUACAAGAUGUGAUCCUGGCAACAAUGGAUUCUGGGAGGAAACGGUACUUGUUUGACCAGGUCGUGCGGAUCCUGUGGGCAGACUGGCCAUCGGCUAUGCCCAAGCCAUCAAAGGAGCCAGAGCUACCGCAGCCCAAAUCCUCUGGCAACAGGUUAUAUGUUGGAAGAUGGCCUGCUUGCGCAGCGAUCUAUCCCCAUAUUCUGAGGAUGCAUCAGCUCUGGUCAGUUAUGUCAGACUCCUCAGAGGCUACCAAAUUGCUUUUUGCAAAGCUACUGAUAGAUGCAGCCUGGUACCAAAAAGAGCGUGGACGAACAAAGCAAUUUGAUGGCUUCUUCGAAACUGCUCGCAAUAUCUGCGAGUCUUCUACAUAUCCAGAUCGGGAUUCCUUGCUUGCAGACAUCCACUUCUGCCUAGGAUCUAUAGCCAUGGACACAAGUAAUUUCGAUACAAGCCGCAUCCACAAGGAGCGUUCUUUCGAUCUCGUUUCCAAGAUCUGCAAAGAGCUGGGAACUGCGGACGACAGGUUAUACCUCGCCUACGCAGAGCGAGGGAUUUCACGAAUCCAGGAUACACGGUAUGACGAGGGGGAGGCCGAUCUCAAGGAGGCACUGCGGAUACGCGAAGCUCUCGGUAACUACAUUCCGCGGUCAGGCGAGGCCAAUCUGAGCUGGGCCCUGCUUUUGCAGGGCAAGCUGGAAGAGUGCAACACACUUCUUCUGGAUAGCCUGGCGGGUAGAGAGAAGGCCUUGGGUAAGAAUGAUAGGGAAGAUGUCCGGACCGGACUUAUUCUAUAUGCACUUGGUAACCUCCGUGCUGCGCAAAACCAGUGGGACGAGAGCUUCCAAUAUCACCGCAGAGCGUGGCACCACAUGCGCGAGACGGUGGGUGAGAGGGACUUCUACACUGCAAAUAUCACCCAUAAGAUUGCCGAGCACCUAAUACGCUCUGGCAACAAUGAGGAGGCGAUUGUUAGGAUCAACGACGCGCUAGAAAUUUGGUCGGUUGAUCGGAAUGCGCAUAAGAAUGAGAUCGCUUGCACUACUUUCCUCAAGGGAAACUUGUUGGCGGCGAUGGGCAAGAUGCAGAAAGCUUCUAUUGCCUUUAGAGUUGCUUGUCGCUUGAGGAAGGAGAUCACCAAGGAGGAUCGAGAUUUGAAGGGCUUGACUACGAAAGACUUCGACGACAUCGUUGCUUUUUGGGCCCGUUGA